GGAGAGGGAGGAGGAGGAGGAGGAGAAGAUGGCGGCCGAGGCGGACUACGAGAACGGCGCCGAGGAGUCGCUGAUGGAGGACCCGCACCGAGGCCUCGACGAGUCCGGGGACGGCGCGGCCGCCGAUGGCCUGGACGACUCGGCGAUGAUCGAGGACCCGGAACUGGAGGCCAUCAAAGCUCGGGUCCGAGAGAUGGAGGAAGAGGCAGAGAAACUGAAGGAGCUGCAGAACGAAGUGGAGAAGCAGAUGAACAUGAGUCCGCCUCCGUCCGGUCCUGUCAUCAUGUCCAUCGAAGAACGCAUGGAGGCUGACGCACGCUCUAUCUACGUUGGUAAUGUGGACUACGGGGCAACUGCCGAAGAGCUGGAGGCACAUUUUCACGGUUGUGGGUCGGUGAAUCGGGUGACCAUCCUCUGUGACAAGUACACAGGCCACCCCAAAGGCUUUGCCUACAUCGAGUUCUCAGACAAGGAGUCUGUUCGAACAGCCAUGGCACUGGAUGACUCUCUCUUCAGGGGAAGGCAGAUCAAG